ACUACAUCUGUCGCUCAGUUAUGACGUUCUUUUCCGGUGUUUUCCAGCAUGGUGACCUCCAUGGGGCGUAAAUACAGCCGGUACUGUUUGCGCUCUUAAUGGAGUAAGUGAGAUAUGAAAGUGUUUCGUGUUAUAUCGUGGAUCUAUUUUUGAAGUCGCAGAGACUCAUCCAGGACUUCAAUCACAUUUUAAUUCAACGGAUGAGAUCACAGUUCCGUUUAAUUUAUAAUUUAAGGUCAUAAUCCGACGUGAUGGCUGUGCAAACGCCGUUAUCUGGACUUCUGUUUAUGCGCAGACUGUUGAGGAUCAGCUCAUCCACUCACAGACAUGUCAGUAACAGGGACAUACAGGGAAAACUACACAAACACAGGAGGGUGAUCAGAACUUUUUCUACUGCUUCCUUGAAAUGCAAAGAGAAUGAGGGAGACAACGCAGACUCUUCUUCACCCCGGAGCACCGAGCUGACCCCCAGUCAAGCUCUGAUGUUCAGGAAGAGGCGACCCCUGUCCCCCCUGGAGAGGAUCAGUGGCAUGCUGCCCCAGGACACCCUGAGUCCUGAGGUGUUGCAGCUCAGGGAGCAGAGCAGACAAGACCCUGAAGAUGGGACAAGUAUCCAGGAAUCAGUUACACAAGAAGACACUGGACAUGAGUUUAUCUCAGGUCCAGAAUCCCAUCAUGCAUCAGAUGAAGCUGAGGAGCCAAACAUUUCUGAAAGUCAUUCAAACCCAGCAUUUGAUGGGGGUGAAAGUUGUCUUUCGGCCUCUCUUCCAGGGGAGAACUUGAUUGCAUUUGGGGAGCUGCUUGUGGCGGAGUAUCGAAGGCAGGGGCAGGUGGAGUUCAGGAAGAUGUUCCAGCUGCAGACAGGCACACGGCUGCAGAGCGCCUGGGGGGUCAUCAUGCACAAUGACAUAGCCGGACAGCCUGCAGGUUGCUCCUUGAAAACAAACAGGGGGGUGUCACUCUUCAUACGUCGAGCAAGUCUAGACGAUUAUGUGCUGUUCAUGAAGAGGGCGCCGGUCAUCACAUACCCCAAGGAUGCCGUUACGAUGCUCAUGAUGAUGGAUGUGAGUGAGGGAGACUGCGUGCUGGAGUCGGGCUCAGGGUCCGGGGCCAUGUCUCUGUUCCUGUCCAGAGCAGUCGGCUCCAAGGGUCGCGUGCUGAGUGUGGAGGUCAGAGAUGACCACCAAAAAAGAGCCAUACUGAACUACAAUCGCUGGAGGACAGCGUGGAGUCUGCGGCGAGGGGAGGAGUGGCCUGACAACGUCCAGUUUCUGAGCGCUGACCUCAGCACGGCGUCCUCGCUCCUCGCUGGUCAGGGAUUCCACUCGGUUGCUCUCGACAUGAGCAACCCUCAGCUGGUUUUACCCACCGUGAUUCCACAUCUGCACUCUGGAGCCGUUUGUGCUGUCUACCUCGCCAAUAUAACACAGGUCACCGACAUGCUGGAAGGGCUUCGAUGUUUGAAGCUCCCUGUGCUGUAUGAAUCUACCAUCGAGGUUCCCAUCAGGGAUUGGUUGGUGGCUCCAGCCCGCCAGAAAGACGGGAGCUACUGCACGAGGAAGGCCCCGAUUCAGACUGAAAACCACAUGGAGGAGGACGAGGAGACAUCACAGGACACAGACAGAGAAGAGACCACCACAGAGGAACAGCCGGCCUUCGGGAGUGUUCCUUACAUCGCCAGACCUCACCCUUUACAAAAGAGCCACACAGCUUUCCUGGUGAAACUGAGGAAAUAUGUGCAGUAGCUGUGCUGCCUUUUAAGAACCACAGAGGAAAAUAAAUGUUUGAUUUCAACAACAA